CGGGCUUCGCCUUCUGCAUACGCGACGCUUCCUUCGCCAAAACGACUCGACUCAUCAGUCUGCUCGAGUUGAUUCCCGCGGAGUGUGGCAUUUUUUUCUCCUCAUCACCACACGUCUUCUUCCUCAUUUGGCGGGACUGCGUGCUUGUUGGACGUGUUGUUGCGUGAAUUUAGCCUCUUUCCGCGUGAAUCCACACGACUGCUGUGGUGGUGCUAAUCAGUGAAGCAACAGCAUCCUGCUGUGCAACCGUUGUUGUAAGAAGGAUAUUUACGCGUGCAGUGUUAGAGAAGAAGAGAGGCUUGGCUUGGAAACAGGUUUGGGAAUUGCGUAGGAAUGUCGGUGGAAAAGGUUGUGAUUGAACGGAAAAUCACCCUCGUGAGUGGUGUGGCGAUAAUUGUGGGUACAAUCAUUGGGUCUGGCAUCUUCAUAUCACCAACCGGAGUAUUUGUUUAUGCUGAAUCAAUUGGUGCGUCCCUCCUCAUUUGGGCACUGAGUGGACUUGUGUCUGCCCUGGGGGCACUUUGCUACGCCGAACUGGGUACUCUGAUUACCCGAUCCGGUGGUGACUAUGCGUACUUACUUGUUGCUUUUGGCCCCCUGGCCGCUUUUCUCUGCCUCUGGAUCACCCUUGUCAUUGGACGUCCCACAAUCCUGGCCAUUUCCGCCAUCACCUUCUCCACGUACGCCAUAAAGCCCUUCUUCCCCGACUGUGAGCCACCCGACGAUGCAGUACGUCUCCUGGCUGCCAUCUGUCUCUGCUUCAUCACAGCCAUCAAUUGCAUCUCCGUAAAUUGGGCUUUGAGGGUUCAGAACAUCUUCACGGCAGCCAAACUCAUCGCCUUGGCCGUUAUCAUUGCCUUCGGGGUGUACUCAAUGAGCACAGAGGGAAUGGAUAACUUCCAGGACAUGUGGUCGGGAUCAUACAGUGUGCAAUCACUCAGCUUGGCUGCCUAUUCGGGGCUGUACUCCUUUGGUGGAUGGAAUAUCCUCAAUAUGGUCACGGAGGAAUUGCAGGAUCCAUACAGGAAUCUCCCACGAGCCAUCUGGCUAGCCGUGCCAAUUGUAACCAUUGUCUACGUCCUCGUGAAUGUGGCCUAUUUUGCCGUCCUGUCGAGGCAUGAGAUUCUCAGCUCGGUGGCUACGGCUGUUAUCUUUGGGAAUCGAAUGUUUGCCUCCGUUGCCUGGAUUAUUCCCAUCUUUGUGGCUCUCAGUACAUUCGGGAGCAUCAACGGGGUCAUCCUCACGUCGGCACGGCUGUACGCAAUUGGUGCUGAGGAGCAUCAUUUACCAUCGAUUUUUGGCCUUGUGCACGUUGAGAAGAAAUCUCCGGUGCCAUCGCUCAUAAUCUCAUGCAUUUUGGCCCUCAUAAUGCUCUUCUGGCGUGACAUCUUCUUCCUCAUUAAUAUCUCCAGCAAUGCCUAUUGGCUAUGCAUCACUGCUUGCAUUGCAGCGCUCUUUUGGCUACGCAAAACUCAACCCGAUAUGCAUCGUCCUAUACGCGUCAACUUGGUCAUUCCGGGCGUCUUCUUCCUCUUCUGCUGCUUCCUCGUCUUCAUUCCACUCAUCACGGAAUUUUGGGAUUUCCUCCUGAGUAUCGCACUCAUCCUCUCCGGCAUUCCCAUUUACUACUUUUGCAUCUUCUGGCAGCACAAACCCCAAUGGCUGGGCAAAGUCAACAAAGUCAUUGAGAAGGUAUCACAAGUUCUCUUUGUUACAGCCUUCCCGGACAAGCAAGAAUAAUAAUCAGAGCCGAAGGGGAGAAAGAACAUUUGGAGACAUUGAAGACAUUUUAGGGACUCAUGCUAAACGUUUCCUGGGACCUGAUUCGGAACAUACAAUAUCUUGGUGUAUACACCCGGUAGCUGCUGAAUUCCUCUCCUAACACAAACUCUGACUGGCUCUGAAACUCGAUUUUGCGACUGAGAAAUGCUUUAUUAAUGUCUUUUUUAACCUUUUUAAAUAUGUAUAAUUUUUUUUAAUUAGGAAACUAUCUAUAUAUAGGAGUUUUAUGGUGACUUAAUUCAUUAAAAUAUGAAUGUAAAAUUUAUAUACAUUUUAUACACCAUUUUUUAUGUAUAUUUUCUAUCCUAAAUGUUUCGCGAUAGUCAUGAUUUAUUUAAACAUAGUUUUUUUAAUCUAAUCUGGGAAUUUUUUUUAAUGAGCAACUUGACGCAAAAUGAGGCGCCAAAAGUUAAUGAAUCAAAAAGCUUUUUUUUUUGUAGUUUGUACGGGAUUUAUUAUGUCUUUUUUUUUGGCGAUAUUUAAACACAAAUUCAUAAAUAUCCAUAAAUUACAUUUAGAAUGGUUUUUUUGUUUUGCAAACAUUGACAAGAAAGUUUGUUAUUUUCUGAUAAAAUAUUUAGAUAAGAGAUUUUCUUUAAUUAUUUCCUUUCUAUUUAGCAUCAAAUAUUUUCUUUCUAAAUAAUUGCACAAAAAAUACUGGAUAUAUAUAAUUUAAUACACGCAUUUUAUUACUUAAAGGAUUCAAAAGUUUUUUUUUGCUUUUCUUAUACGGAAGUUUGAUAAUUUUUUCUUGUUUUUCAAAAGAAAAAAUAAUUCAGUUUGUGGUUUGUUUGGUUGUUUAGCCCAUUAGGUGAAAUAACUAAUAACAAUAAACCACAAAUUGCAUUAGUUUUAUGUCGCCCAAUAAACUUACUGAAAUCGAUACAGGUAAAGGAGAAAAUGUAGGUAGACAGAUACGGGAGGGUGGGGCAAUGUGGUGCAAAGAAAAAAAUAUUUAAAUGAUUUUUCUACAAGAAAACUUAUAUAAAAGUUAAAUGAAUUUGGCGUCGUUAUUUAAUGUAAUUAAAAAAAAAUUAAAUCUCUGAGUAUUUUUUUCAAUAUUUUGUGCAUAAAGUCCUUUUACAAAAUUGAAUUCUUUAGGGUUGUUUCUGUUAAAAAUCUUUUAUUUUCUUAUAAUUUUUAAAGUUCAAAAGACUUUCUAGUUGUGAGAAAAGAAAAGAUUUUUGACAUAAUAAACCGUUUAAAUUACUUUGUUCAAUUUAAUUUUGAUUUUGAACCACUUUCCCCCGUAUUCCCAUAUUUAUUUUGAGUUCUUCCGAACCUGUACUCUAUUCAAAUUAACCUUGUACUGAGGCUUAAUCAAACAGUGAGUAACGCUUUAUGUGAAUUUUUAAACCAAUCAGAGAGCUCGUUGAUUCUAAGGGCUAUCUAAGGGCGGAGUUUCAGUGCAAGAAUAGUUUGAACGAACAAAAAAUUACGUUUAUCAUUUUAAGGAUUUUUUUUACAGAAUUUUCAAGGAAGCAAAAGAAAAAAAGCUUCGACUUUGUAUUGUUAAAAGUCAUUUAUAAAUAUUUCUAUAGUCAAGUAUAAUAAUUUAGUAAUAUAGUAGUUCUCAAGUUGCCAUUACUAUACCAGAUCAAUUUGCAUUUGAAUUUGAACUUUUUUAUGUACUUAUUAGUGAAACCCUAUUUUGUAUUUUUUUUGUUUAAAAUUCUAUGUUUAGUUUAUGUGUAGAUUUAAAUUUUCUUUGUACAAAAGGGUGUACUUAAGAAAAAAAAGAAGAAAUUUGUAGUGCUCUUGCUGAAAUUUUUAGAAAUUUUUUACCAAUUGGGUCGAUUCUGUAAAAAAUCUUUUCUUUUCCUUAAUAACUAAAAGUUUUUUUUUAAGAUUUUUACAAUUCUUAAUUAAUUUCUUGUCGUGCUUUAUAAAAAAACAGAAUAUUUCUCCAUUCCAAAAAUCAUUUAGAAAGCUUCUAAACGAUUUUUGGAAGAACAAUUUCCUUUUUUUAACACGAUUAAAGAACAGAAAAAGCUGUCAAAAUCUUAAUAUAUUUUACGCAGAAUACUAAAAUUCUUACAAAUCUCAAAUUGCAAAAUGAGAAAUUUAAAGAUUUCUGACAGAAUCAACUCUAAUUAACAAAAAAUGAAACUAAAGGAUCAAAUUUAGUCCAAAACUGGGAUCAAUAUUAGAUUUUUUUAUGGGAAAAAAAACGAAUCAUAAAUAAAAUGAUAACGACAUGGAGUUGGUUGUUUAAACAAGACGCGCCUUAUCACACCUCUCCAACCAAAAUUGAUUGGAAUUAAUUAGCGAAGCUUUGUUCAUCACGCCUAUUGCGGAAAGAUGAGCACAUGGAAAUAUUUUUUGGUUCAUUAAAUUGUUUUUAUCUUUUGAAAAAUGGAGCAAAUACUAAAGAAAAUUUUUUUAUUUAUUGAGAAUCUUUUUUUUUUCUAUGUGAUGCUUUAUGUUGGGAAUUUACAAACAAAAAACAGGCGGAGUCUCGUAGAAGAGCCUUAACUUGCUUUGGAUUUUUAAAUUCAUUAAAUUUUCCCGCAAUAUUUGAGCAAUAACACGUUGAAAGAGUAAAAUGAAUUAAAAGUAUUCAAAUAAAUAGAACACAAAAAUAAAA